AUGCGUAAAGUUCGUCAUGAUUCUGGAUCAGGCGAAGAAUACUCAGUAGAGAAGACAUUCCACAAAGGACCCUGGACAUCAGCGGAAGAUCAGCUUCUGAUUGCUUACGUUGACAAACACGGCGAUGGAAACUGGAACGCUGUUCAAAAACACUCUGGCCUCUCUCGCUGUGGCAAAAGCUGCCGUCUUCGCUGGGUGAAUCACCUGAGACCUGACUUGAAAAAGGGAGCUUUCACCGACAAGGAAGAGCAGCGAGUCAUUAAGCUCCAUGCUUCAAUGGGGAACAAAUGGGCAAGAAUGGCUUCUGAACUACCUGGACGAACGGAUAACGAGAUCAAGAACUUCUGGAACACGAGGCUUAAGAGACUGCAGAGACUCGGCUUACCUAUUUACCCUGAUGAAGUCCGUGAGCAAGCGAUGAAUGCAGCUGCUCAGUCUGGUCACAACGCUGAUUCAAUGGACGGUCAUCACAGUCAAGAGUCAUUGGAGCCGGACACUCUCGAGAUCCCUGAGGUUGAUUUCAAGUACUUGCAGCUCAACCAAUGCUCCUCCUACUACCAGUCAAUGCUCCGCAGCGUCCCCACCGGUAACCUUAUGAGACAGAGACAGUGUUUCUAUCAGCCUAACAUGUACAACAUGAUAGGACCUCCUCCUUACUUGCCUAACCGGAAACGCUUUAGGGAACCGGAAAUCAUGGACGGUUAUGUCACAAACGAGCAAAGUAGUCAGCUUUGGAGCUAUCCUUUUGUUGAUAGCUCUCAAGAACAACAGUUGCCUGAUAGCCAUUUGUUUGGCAAUGCUACGUAUUCUUCUCCUUCUGGGCCUCUCUAUCACGAGACGGCUGAGAAGUUGGAGCUCCCUUCAUUCCAAUGUUUUGAACCUCAAGAAGAGCCUGGCGAUUGGGGAGGAGGAGGAACUCAAGAAUCCAACCCAAUGCCGGCGCUUGAGUCAGACAAUACUCUUGUCCAGUCUCCUCUGAGUCCAUCAUCGUUCUGCGACGGGUUGUUGGAAUCCGUUGUCUAUGGAUCUUCAGGGGAGAAACGGACGUCGAACACUGAUUCAGACUCACCGCUGCUUCAGUCCUCUCUGCUUGACCACCAUACCGAGCUUACACCAGCCACUGCAAACACAACAGGACACAACUCCAAUUUUGAAACAGAUUUGAGUCAUUUUGUUCCGAAUGAGAGACGCACAUCCUUUGAGGGUGGAGAUUGGAUAAGACAACUUCUUGGUGAGGAUAGGGACUAUUACUCCAAGUAG